AUGACACCCAAACAACCUUCUUUUAUGCAGUUUCAAUCUUUUCAUGCCCAUUAUAUCCCUCCCAAUUAUAAAAUAGAAGUUCUCCAGCAUCCGAACCGCGCCCGAGCUUGUGGCGCCGCUAAGCUAUUUGCUGGAAGAAGAACAAUCGAUCCACCACCAAUUGUCAAAGUUUCUCUUAUGGAUGAAAGUGGCGACAACAUUAUAGAAAGAACUAUCAAUCAAUUGAUUCUCUUUGUGUCAGCUGAACCCAUCACCGACCCCAAUGAGAUUCAAGCCCUGAGCUUGCAGUUCCCUUCAAAAAACAACAAAUCAGACUCAUCAAGGGAAUCUUUACCGAAUAGUGACAAACACAAGAGACCAAAAGUUGAUUCGGGACCUCAUAAGAUAAGAGACAAUGGAGAAUUGUUAUACGGGGAAACCACGGUCGCUGCGACGAUCAUGAACCCGGAAUUGAGGGAUAUAAAAGACGAUGGACUUAAAGGUUUUUUUGUAUUCAACGAUUUGAGCAUUAGAUACGAAGGUUACUAUCGGCUCAUAUUCCAGCUAUACGAAAUGCCAUAUAUUGAUGGUGCAAGCUCUUCUAGCUCGAAUAUCAACAUGGCCAAACUAGUUUUCAGAACCCUGGUCAAAUCUAAUGUUUUCAGAGUGUAUACUGCCAAAGAAUUUCCAGGGUUGGCCCCAAGUACUGAGCUUGAUCAGGUUUUGAAAAAUUUAGGUUCGAGGAUCAGAAUUCGAAAAAUCACCGGAACUAAAAGAGGUAGCACGGGUUCUAGGAAAAUGAAGAGAAAUUCCGAUAUAAAUCACAAUCUAGAUAGUGAAGGAUCGCUGGAACCAAAGAAAUCUUCGAUGGUUAGCCCAAUGGAUUUGGGUACCACCAGUACUUUACCGAAAAUUUCCAAUUUACUAAAUGCUGACGAUGGCUACCCCCCUCAAACUUCCCGUACCAGUUGGGUGCCCACUGAUAAUAAUCCUACCACGUUCCCGGUCAGCGCCAGUACCAGUACCAGUACCAGCAGCUCCAGAUCCAGUAUUAGUGCCCCUUCGUACCUUCUGCCUCCUUCUAGUUCAUCCUCUUGUUCUGUUCCGGCAUUUUUAGGUCGAGCACCAGUAUUGCCUCCAUUGAAUUCCAUGCUUCCCCAAUCCGAGUUCCAGAAUAGCCACCAAAGAUACCACUCGCUGUCGUCGUUUGAUUACCCAAAACAGCCUGAUAGUGCAUUAUCGUCGCCUUUUCAAUACAAUAGUAUUAUUAAUGAUCCAACGGUACCCUUUACCUUCCCUUCACGAACCGGUAGCCCUUUCCAGCAUUCGCCAUCGCCGUCUUACCGAGAGUUCUGA